UGCGACUUGACGUUCAAUACUUCGACUCACUUACAACCUCUUUCAUGAAUACCCCGAUAUGACUUUACUCCAAUCUCACAGUUUGGCAUAUCGUUCCUACUGGUAGAUUUUUUACAUCAUUUCCAAAAGUGACAACUCAUCAGAGCAGAGAGACGCGCAAUGGCCUCUCCGAUAACCGAGGCCUCGGUCCUCGCUGCCUUUGAUGAAAAGGUUCGAGACGGGAUUGUUAUGUACGCGGAGGAUAUGGAGAAGAUUUAUCAUGAGGAUGGAGGUUUCAAGUUUGAGUUCCGCUUGACGGCCGCGUUGAAGAGUAAACCCGCCGCUGUAGAAGACAACGCAGAGCUAGACGACGCAGAUGGUGAAAAGACCCCGCCGUCUCAGAUAACCGCAAGCGCAGCCUCAAACGCCAACGCUCGCACCCACGGCGAAGACAAGCACUCGAACAAAGAAAUCACCCUCGAUGAAGAAGGAAACCUUCCCGGAGGCGACAUCAGCAUCGCGGGGUUCGAACUCACAACCAUCAGCGGUGGCGGAGCUGAAGAUGCUACGCAUGUUCUUGCCUUCAACAAGUUCUGCGCGUACAGGCCGCAUCUUCUCCUCUUGACUGCAGAUGGGAGGAGGAGGCAGUUUGAGGGGUUGGAUGAGCGGGAUUUAGGGGCUGCGGUGGAGGUUUUGGGGGGGUUGAAUGGGGUGUGGGGUGGUGAUGCGGAUGCUGUUGGCGAGGACAAGAGACGGGAGUAUCUGGUCAUCUUCAACUGUGGUAAGGAGGGCGGGUGUAGUCGGCUGCAUAAGCAUAUGCAGGUUAUCCCUGCGCCGGAGGCGAUUCCCGUGUGGCCUGACCUCGUUACCUCCGGGUCUGGGACAGGGACGGAAGCGGCCGGCGAUGGGAAGCAGGAGCCGCCGUUCCGUUACUUCAUCCACCACUUCACUAGCACGUCACCCCCCUCGACGAAGGACCUCACGGCGAAGUACAGAGAAUUGCUCCGCCAGGCGACGGAGCUGAUCCCCGGCAGGGAGAAGGUUGUCGAGGAGGACGGGGACGGGAGGGCUGUGGCGGUGCCGCAUAAUGUCAUCCUCGGGCGGCGGUGGAUCGUUGUGGUGCCUAGGGUGAAGGCGGGCGUUGACGGGGCGGAUGUGAAUGCUGUUGGUAUGCUUGGUGUUGUGUGGGCUUCGAGGCCGGAGACGGUGGGGAAGUGGAGGGAGUUGGGGGCGAGGAGAGUGCUUGGGGAGGUUGGAGUCAGGAAGUGAGGCGUUUUCAAUUCGCAUGGGACGUGGGGUUUGAAGAGAGCUUGAGGUUUCUCGGUGAGCUGGGGAUAUGAGCGAUGGGAUUUGUGGGUUGUGAUGGGAGUUAUGUGGUAUAGACGGAGUGUUAUAGAUAUAGACGUAGCAUGAGCAGGCCGUGAAACAUCAGCAACAUAUAGACGAUAAGAGGCUCCGUUGCAUCAAGAUCUUCCA